AUGUUACUAUCGAACAAAACAAAACUGAAAAACCAUUGUACAGUUGUCCACCAAAAUUAUGAUCUGCAACAAGAUGAUGACAGCAGUAAUGAUGAUUUGAAUAAUGAUCCUGAUUGGAAAUUAAAAUCGGUUUUUAAUUUCAACAGCAGUGAUGACGGCAUCGUUACUGGAACUCCGCCAAAAGUCACAGAAACAGUCACAUCACUAUUAUUAUAUUCGCCCAAAGAAAAUUGGAAAGUAUUAUCUCAUACUUAUGAUACAGCCGAAAAACAUACAAAUUUAGUUACACAUUCUCCAGCUACUGACAAAUGGAUUGUAGAAGACAAAUUUGAGACAACACACAAUAAAGAACCACCAGUAAAAAGAGCAUUAUUUAAAGAUGACAACGAUCCAUAUAAAAAACCAGAUGCAGUAAGAAAAAACAUAAAGUAUAAAAAUAUUCCUGAAAAAGAUAUUGACAACUGCCUUAGUAUAUGGCUUUCUCAUGCGCCAUUUCGCCUUAAAAAAAAAAAUUCAAAACAACCUAAUAAAUUGUGA